AUGAGUGGCUUCGCCAUUGUGCCUCUGGCGAGUAACGCAACACUGUGGAGCGCACAAACCAUAGAGCAGUGGCAGGCUGAAUUCAGCGUAUGCUACGAGGAGCGCACAAUAUACGGCUUAUCAGAGACGGGACAAUUGAUGAAGCUCCAACAAGAUUCCACAGGUAUCCAGUCUAGCAUGGCAAAGUGGGAGGAUUGGAGUGCUGCUGUCGGCGAACUGGGUUCUCUUGUGACGAUUGCCGGGACUUUGUUAGAGAACAGCUUCCCGAAUGUCCCAUAA